GUUUAUGGAAAAUCAACUUAAUUCAACAAAUGUUGAGUUAAAUUGUCUACUAUACUCAAAGCACUGUGUUGUGGGAAAUAUCAGAGAAGAGCAAGACAAGGCCCUUACCCUCAAGGAACCUUGUCUAGCUGGGAAGAUGAGACAUAUACCUGUGAAAUAGGCGAUGUUUUUAGGAAGAAUUGUUGGCCAGUAACUAAGCUUUCACUAUUCUGCACUAUCUGACAUGAUGGGACCAGGCAGACCAGCUUCAGCCUGUGUUAAUCUAGCAUCUAGUUUUCAGCUUGAUGGGAGGAGCGAUCCCUGGAAACUUCAGGCCCAGAACCAGCUGCAGUUUAAUAAGAAUGUUCCUACACAUUCAAGCAACUUGGCAAUCCGGUUUUCUUCUCCACAUGCAAUUAAAAUUGAAAAACUGAAGCACUUGCACGGUGAGUCAGGCCAUUGGAAAGACUUGGAUUUCAGAGAUGGUCCUGACCAAUGCAGUUCUGUUUCAUUUUCUGUCAUAUCAGAAGAGAGACUUAGCCACGCUGUCCACCUGGCCAAAAGAGACAUGAAACGAAGACAAUUUGAAGAACAUGUAAAACAACAUCACCUCAGAAAUCAGCCCCAGGUCUCUCAGAAACAUGGAUACACCAAGCAUACAAUAUCUGAUCUUAGGGUGGAAAGGAAGGAAUUGAAGAAUCAAGAAGUUUUUCAUUCCAGCCAUCAGCCCCCCAAAGCAGACACUUCCAGCUUAGGAGCCAAGGUGUACAUAUACACGUCCCAUCCAGGACAGUCAGAGCUGACCGUGCCAAAUUCGCCACCCACCCAUGAUCCAGGCCCUCAGCCACAUGCCAGGACAGGUGACCGCAAAAGCCUGCUAGAAGUUCAGCGACUCCAGAAAAUAUUGAGCAGUUGUAUCCAUAAAAUUGAAGAAGUAACUAAAGAAGAUAAAACAGAAGAAGCCUUGGACCCAGAUGAAGAACGGCGGAUCCGGGUCAGGAGGCAGGAGCAAGCUGUUCGUUCUGCCCGAAUGCUCUACGUCCUCCAGCAGCAGGUUAAAGAAAUCCAGGAAGAAUUGGAUAAAUUGAGUCCACAUAAAAUUAAACAUACUAAGAAGUCAUGGGCAAUGUCCAGGCUGGCAGCUGCCCAUCGAGGAGCCAUCCGGGCCCUACAGAUGUUUGUCUCUCUGUUUACUGACCGAGGGGAGCACCCUGUUCCUGCUCAGUACAAGGAACUGGGCAGUCUUAUUCGCCAACUUUCACUCUGUUCCGCCAAGCUGGAUGCCGACUCUUCUGUCGCUGAUGUGGUUAUAAAUAUCCUGCAUCAAAUUGAGGCUUUGGAGUCCCUACUGGAAAAGAAAUUGUCACCAAAAAAGGUGAAGAAAAGUUUCACUGAAAUUAGGAGCAGAUUUCCAAUUGGCAGCCAACGGUCUUUAGAGAGAUGGCAAAGUACAUUUCCAAAGGGCGAGAGGAUACCCUUCGUAACAAAGAAGAUAUUUCCACAGGAAACAAGACAACCUUCAGUGGCAAAGAAGGUUCUUGCUGAUAAGUACGAACCUGAUAAAGAGCUUCCAGUGACCCAGAGGUUGGAGACUGAGCUUGAUGCAGCAGAUGCAGAUAUCCUUCCCGAAGAAGCUCCAUCUCUUCCAGGCCAAAGUGCAAGCCUCAGAGAAGAGGCCUUAGCCCUGGCCAAAACCAAAGCACCGGGGAAAAGGCCUGUGACUGAACAUGGGCCACUUAGGAAGAAAGAUGCUCCGGCACCGGCAAGACUACAGCAAGGACUUCACAAAGCUGAGAAAAGUAGACCAACCCAAUCUCACAGCAAAAGCAGGUUGCAACAGACAACGGUUUCAUCCAGAUUAAAAAUAAACCAACAGCCUGUGAAAGACAGUAGGGCUCCCUGGAUACCUCCAAAUCCCACGUCCCCACCAGCAUCUCCUAAAUGUGCUGCGUGGCUCAAGGUGAAAUCCAGCCCCAGAGAUGCCGCCAAAGAGCAGUCUGUCCAGCAGGAGGGUACUGAAGAGGACAGUCAAGUGACAGGUGCCAUUGAGCGUGAGGCAGCUAGACUCGCUUGGCUCGACGCAGAAACUUCCAAAAGACUGAAGGAACUUGAGGAAUUAAAAGCUGAGGAAGUGGACAAAACACAAAAACAGAGUGUUUCUGCCACCCAGUUAGCAGACAAGGUAGAGAAGGAAGUUCUGGAGCGUUUGAAGCCUCUCCUGGUCAAGGCUCAGAGAGUCAAUUCUUCCCUGGAAGCAGAUGCUCACCUGCAGGACCGGCCAUCAGCAAGCACAGCGACAGCCCGGCCUGCAGAAGGGGCUACUGCUGUUGACUGUACACCCAACAACAGUCGUCAGCUGGGUGAUGUAUUGGAAGACACUACUCAUGAGCUCUGGGCUAUGACUCAUCCUAAGAUCUUGGAGCCUGACCCCUCAGCCACCUUGGAGGACAGCGCAUAUCUGGAGACCAUGUUGCUCCGAAUGGAGGAGAUGGAAAAAUACCAGGAGAUAGUUCGCCAAAGAUAUAAUAAAAUUGUAUAUACUGAUCCUCAUCUUUGGAUGCAGGCGGAAAAAAAUGACCAAAAACUCCCAGCAGUAAGUGAAAGGCCCCUUUCUCCUCAUCCAAUCAAGAUCACAAAGACAGUAGCUAGCAAAGGCUCAGACGUGAACAUCCUGUUAGAAAGGCCCUGGAAUGGCAAUUCCCUGGAUGAAAGUGUGGGAACCCAGGAGAAAUCAGAGAAAAGAGAGGCUCCCCUUGCCUCCCUGUCAGAAGAUUCUGAACCGAGAAAGGGUCGAGCUGCCCUCUUUGUCCCAGCUGGCAUGCGGCGCAGCCUUGGUGACUACUGCAGCCGUUACGAGCGGUACCUCCGGAUGAUAGCCCACGAGGCCGUGGGCUCCUUCAAUCCAUGGCUGAUUGCUGAAAGCUUUUCAGAAGAGCUGCUCGAUGAAGCUCUGGGGUCCGUGACUGCUGAACUUCAGGAUGUAUGUGAGGACUACGCAGAAGCUGUGUUCACCUCCGAAUUCCUAGAGGCCGCUGCAUGAAGGCUCCCUGGCAUGGGGGCCCUCGCUCAACCUGGAGAAGCGACGGCACCACCCCUGGUUUUAGGCCACAGCAGAUCGUCACCCUCAGCUGUGCAUCCAGGCCCAGGAGGUGCUGCCCGCGGGAAGGAAGGACGCGCCAGCGAGGCCGCCCUCGCGCCGUCCCCUUGUCACAGCUGUGGCCCUGGCGGUUUUUGUUGGAAUGCGGUCUAUUUAUUUGUACCCAGGAAACAUGAAUUGAUUAUGACAAUAUAAUAUUUUCUGAAUGUAUAAUUUUCCUGUUGAUAUGUUAUGUUCACCCACUGGCUCAGUUUGGUGAUCAGGAUGUUUUGAAAAGUAACUGAUAGGCACGUUUCACACAGGGAUUCAAGUUGCUCUUGGACCCAUGGGUGGCGUCAGUGCCAGCAAAAGUGCAGUUACUGUCUGGUCCCGUCUCCUGGCUCAUGUUUCCAUCGUUGGCAGUUUCCCAGCAGGACACCUGUCCCCACUGGGUUAUGGGCGCGUGGCGAGCCCAGGGUCAGGCCAUACUGCCGGACCUCGGCUCCGUUGCAGCUCAUCAGGAAUAGGAACCCACAGUUAUCAGUACACAACAAUAAACCCACAUUCUCUAAUGUUCUGUUCCUAGGUGGUUUUUCACAUUUUGAGUUUCUCCAAGUCUUCUACUGUUACCGGUUGACAUACUCUGAUAGACAAAACUUUCUCUGAAUUCAGGGUGGGCCUCCCCUUGUGCCCGGUCAAAGGCACAGGGUUCACUUCCUCCUCUGUGUGGUGAGGGCAGGCGUUUCUGGGUUCCUGGAGCGCAGGGGGCCCCGUGUGGGAGGAGGGAGCAGACUCGAGUGGCACCAAGGCCUCUGGGUCUCCAGAGAAAGGAAGAAACUGCAGAACCACAACAGCUUGGUCCUUGAGCAUCUUCUAAGUUACAUUUUACCAAGAGAAAAGCCUCUGUAUUUUCAGAAACUGUGAAUUCAGAAA